UCGGCGUCCGAUUCCGAAUUCCGAUCUAGAGUGCUCGUCUCAGCGGCAAAUAAACAAAGAGAGAAUUUUACCGAUUUGCGGUUGAAUUUCGAGUUUGCAACCUCUCGCAUUUACAGUUCGGCUUCUUCUAGACAUGAAGAAACACAAGAAGCAUAAAAGUGAGCGGAGAGAGCGGCACGAAGAUGACAAUAAACCUCCGGCUUUGAAAUUAAUUUUAAAAGUAGGCGGUGGGUGCUCAACUCCAGAACACAGUGAUUCGCCAGGCCCUUCAUUAGGAACCUUUGGUGGUUUGGAUCCAGAUGAAUCAUCCGCCUCUCUUUUGGGAGUUUCUCCGCUUGAUAUUACUAGCGACGGCACCAAACACAAAAAGGCCAAAAAGAAAAAGAAGAAGAAGGAAAAAGACAGGGACAGGCACGAAAAAAAGCACAAGCACCACCACAAAGAAAAAAAGAAACGGCCUAGAGAGGAGUCAAGCCAGGACGACAUUAGUCUCGGAGACGACUCUGCUGCAGAAAUCCCUGCAAAGAAGCCUACACUAAUCACGCCUAUUCCAAUUAAUUUAAAUGCAGUCGAUCAGAGUGCUGAGGACAUUGACAGUGCAGGACGAGAGCCUCGUACUUGUGUUUUGAGGCAGCGUCAAGAGAACUCGCCUCUGCACAAAGUUUUGGACAAUCUUCUAAAGAAUUUGGAGAAAAAAGACAAUCAAAGUUUCUUUGCUUGGCCUGUGACCGAUAACAUUGCUCCAGGAUACAGUUCGAUCAUCAGUCAGCCAAUGGAUUUCAGCACUAUGAGGCAAAAAAUCGAGGAAGGUGUCUACACUAAUUUGCCGGAUUUCAUUGAUGACUUCAAAUUGAUGUGCACUAAUGCAAUGACCUAUAACCAGCAAGAAACAGUCUAUUACAGGGCAGCUAAACGACUUUUGCACGGAGGCAUGAAAAUUUUGACCAGAGACAAACUCAAAGCCAUGGCCCCCACACUGCCCAGCCUGUACGAAUGCACAGUUGCUGAACUUGGAUUUGAAAUGCAUACUCCUGAAGAGCUGCAGAAAAUCUCUGAAGCAAAUGCAGCGGCUAAAAUCGAAGGUGCAAGUGAAACAGUCAUCUUAGAUAAUGGCGAGGCAAGUUUGGUUGCUGCACAACCUAGUGGUGAUCAGUCGGUAUCACAGGGAGAGGAACCGAAAAAAGAUUCUAAGCGAAGAUCGAAACCUCAUCGACCAUUAACCAAAUUUGAAGCAAUUCCAGAUGAUCUGACGCCAGAGGAAAUUCUCGCCCAAGCCCAAAAAGCAGCGCAAAAUGCAGCUCAGAAACUAGCGCUGGCAAAACCAUACAGCAAAAUGGGCUUCCUGAGAACAAAUAAAGAUGGGUCAACGUCUCUGGCCAUUCUUUGCGGGAACAGUGGUGUUCUUCCAGGAACCAAUGAACAGCCCAUAACAUUAGGCUCACUUGCUGGGAAGAUUCCUCAUGGAACUGGUCAGCUGGCUGGAUUCAGAGAAGAUAAAAGAAAUUAUGCCAAGCUUGUCAAACCUUUGUAUUAUGGUGCUUUUGGAUCGUAUGCCCCUUCGUAUGAUUCAACGUUUGCCAAUUUAACAAAAGAAGAGUCCGAGUUGGUCUAUCAAACUUACGGCGAUGAGGCUGGAUAUCAGUAUGCAGAAAGCAUUCUCGACUUUGCCCGAGACAGUGAUUAUGCGCUUCACAUGGUGGACGAGCUGUUAGAUAUUCUUACUGGAGGCGAACACUCAAAAACGGUGGCCCAACUUCCUGCAAGACAAAAGCCUCCACCUGCACCCACUCCUCCUGAACCAACAAAAGUUGAAGCUGACCUUACAAAACCUGCAAAGGUGGAGGUUGAUGUGAACGCUCUAAAGGGACUUUCGGAUCUUGGAAUUGAUAUGAAUUUCCUUGACAGUCUUGAAAUUCCAACAGAACCCUCAAAACCAGUUAUUUUGACUGCCGAUGCUGUCCAAGCCUCUCUUGAUCAAACUUCGCAACUCAUCGGGCAACUACAAAAAGUCCAACACGCCCGAUUGUCUCAGCCUGUACCUGCCCAUUUGGCUCUUCUGCCAGGUCCCUCUGAGAAUGAAGUGCAAUUAGCGGAGAAAAUCACCGAUAAUUUGACUGAUUUGGCAAAGCAAGUAUCUCCAGAAUUAAUAACUCCCCAGUCGUCCAUUCGAAAGGCGAUCGGAAUUGACCUGGAACCGUUCCCAACUGUGGAUAAAAGAGGAAAGGGAAAGAAUGACAAAGCUAAGGACAAGGGUGACACCUCUGAACUGGAUGUUGCUGAUUUCGACCAGGAACUUCGGAAUUUUCUCGAAAGCACCACCUCGCCACUUCCUGAUGAAGAUCCGAGUAUAGAGGACAUACUUUCCGAAACAACUUGAUUUUAUCUCCACGAAUUUUAUAUGUUAUUAAAGUCAUUGGACUUGAGGGUUUUAUUUAUUUGAACUUUUGAUGAUUAAAAACAUGAUUUUGAAUUUCUUUAACAGAA